CAGCGUUUAAUCAGAAACUUCUAAGUGAGAGGAGGAAGAAAAACGGAGCACUUGUGCAAAAGCAAGGGAAAGAAUCGUCCCUAACCGCGCGGACUAUGUCAUGUCGAUGAGGACCCUGGGGCUGUAUGACGUCUGAGAUUGGAUAUACUAGGUUACGCGUCGAUUUUCACCCAAAUACCUCUGCAUUACUACAUAAAUAACCCAUAUAUUCAUCAUCAUAGAGCCCUUAUCUCAUCACCUGGUACCUUUGAUUGGGAUUCGGCAAAGAUUUCAUAGAAGAGACAGAGGGUAAACAAUCAAGGGAAUUUGAUCAUUGUCUUAAUCGGGAAUUAUACAUCCAAACUGGGAUCUAUGAGCGGAAAAGUGGCGAAGCCUAAAGAAGAAAAGGAUGCUUCCAAGGUCCAGGACGAUGCUGCCCCAGGCACGCAGGAGUACAUUAUGUUGCGGCAGGACUCCAUCCACUCGGCGGAUAUAAGGAGUAAAGGCUCGCCCUUUCGUGCUAAGUGUCACGAAAUCUUCUGCUGCCCGCUGAAGCAAGCCACCCUCAAAGAGAACUCAGAGCCUGAAGAGCCCCAGUUGAAGGGGAUCGUGACAAAGCUGUACAGUCGACAGGGCUUCCAUCUGCAGCUUCAGGCAGAUGGGACCAUCGAUGGGACGAAAGAGGAGGACAACGGCUACACCAUAUUCAACCUCAUCCCUGUGGGGCUGCGGGUGGUGGCCAUACAGGGUGUGCAGACCAAGCUGUACCUGGCCAUGAACAGUGAGGGCUACCUGUACACAUCAGAACACUUCACUCCUGAGUGCAAGUUCAAGGAGUCGGUGUUUGAGAACUACUACGUGACGUACUCCUCCAUGAUCUACAGACAGCAGCAGUCGGGCCGGGGCUGGUACCUCGGCCUGAACAAGGAGGGCGAGAUCAUGAAAGGGAACCAUGUGAAGAAGAAUAAACCCGCCGCCCACUUCCUCCCCAAGCCUUUGAAAGUGGCCAUGUACAGAGAGCCUUCCCUCCACGACCUGACUGAGUUCUCGCGCUCCGGCAGCGGCACGCCCACCAAGAGCCGCAGCGCCUCGGCCGUGCUCAACGGGGGCAAGGCGGUCAGCCAGAACGAGUCCACGUAGCCAGGGCAACCGCUGCCCACGACUACCGCCGCCACCACCACCACCACCCGCCACCACCGGCCCACCUAGCAACACCCACCGCCCCCCUCCUCCUCGCGCCACGCCUUCCACCUGUACCUCCGGCCGCUCGUGACUUCAACCCAAGCCGACGUCUCCUCUUUUCCAACACGCUCUCUCUUUCGGUGGUGGAGGACAGCAGCCUCACACACACACACACACACACACACACACACACACACACACACACACACAUAUACUCGACACUGUUAAGCUUUUUUGAGUUUCCUGACACUCUUCCUCACCGUCACAGUAAGCUCAUUUAAAAAAAAAAAAAAAACGACGACAUUAGGGUAGUUGUAGAGUUUUUAAGAAAUGAUACAAAACAAAAAACGGGGCAUUUCUUAAGUUUGGGUCACCACAGCAAACAACUCACCACUGUUCUUUUUUUUUUUUUCAUUUUUCAUUUCUCCAGUAGAGUCCGACAAAUUUAGAGACACCUCUCCGCAUCCUUUUUUUUUAUGAUUACGAUUAUGAUUAUGUUCUUAUGGUUUCGAUUGGGACGCCGUAAGGGCAGUCAGUGGGGGGUGUAGCUGCUCGGUGCAGUGGUAAAGAAGCGCCCUUUCCCUGCCCUCUGUGUCCUUCGCGCUGCCCAAAGGACGAAGCCGCGUGCCCGCGGUUUGACCCGCUGCGGCGUGUGACGAGGCCAGCCGGCUCUAAUGGUAGCUCUCCCGCCUUUUCCUAGUGCACUCGCUGAGAGACGCAGCUCUGGUCUCUAGCAUGGGAAUAUUAAAGCCUCUACUCGGCCCACCUGACCUGAGAAAGACGGGCAGCUCAGCUGAGCACCCCGAGUGGUUCUUUUUUUUUUCUGUGUCUCGUUUGUGUGUGUCUCUCUCUCUCAAGAGAGAGGGAGAGACUGUGGCUCUACAUUGCUUGCUAACUUUUUUUCAAAUUUAGCGUUGAGCCUUUGCGUUUGUUUGUUUGCUUGUUUGUCCCCCCCUCCCUCCCUUUUGUGGUCCAUCCCUCUGUACUUCUGUGCUUUUGUUCGGUCUGUGAUACUAGAAGAAUGGAAUUCCAGUACACCAAAGAGUGUCCCUUUAAGCGGUGGAACCACGCCUGUGUCCACUCACAGCAGGAAGUGAUGAAUUAUUUUUCUUACCGUACAUUUAAAAAGAAAAAGAAAAAACUUGAGGCAAAUAAAAAGUGCUUAAAAGAGAAAGAUUUAAUUGCUUACUGGCUGUGGGUGUCAGUGGCCCAGUAUUCGAGAAAGUGCUUUUUUUCUGUGCUGGUACACUCCGAGUGAAAGGCAUGAAGCGACUGUUCUGUGUACUCUCCCCCUCCUCCUGUCUCUCUGUCUUGUCACGUUGAGUCUGUCAGUCUGUCCCCCCGAAACGUCUUUGUUUCUCUGUCUCUCAGUGAUGAUGUCAUGCCUUACCCCCCUCUUUCUUCCCUCUCUCUCUCUCUCUCUCUCUCUCUCUCUCUCUCUCUCUCUCUCUCUCUCUCUCUCUCUCUCUCUCUCUCUCUCACUCUCUCUUUCUCUGUCUUUGCUGACUUUGGUCACCAUAUACGGUGUUAACUCGCCAGCAUAUGGUGAAAGUUCCCACCCAGGACUCUGUUUUUCGUGUAUGAGUAACUUAUCGUGGUGACAAUUUUCUAUAUUAAGAAGAAAAAAAAAACUGUGGAAUUUUAGGUGGCUUACCAUUUUAUAGGAUAUGUCAUAUUUGUAAAAGUGAAAAAAAGAAAAUCUUGAAAAAAGGAAAAAAAAAAACCUCCCUUUCUUGUACAGGGCAUGGACAAAAUGAAGUUGUGUACAACAAAGGACCCUUUUCUGAUGGGCUAUGUUCUCUAUCCCCGGGCCCCCAUUCUUCAUCCAAGCGCCGGGGAGGUUGUUUUCUUCUGUUACUUUUGACUUUUCUUUGGUUUAAGGUGAACAUAUCUGUUGCAUGGGAGACAGCAGGGACGCCAAGACUAGAGCUGCAUGAUGUAGGCUAUGUGUAUUAACCCAUGUUGGAUCAUGUGUUCCAAUCUACCACAGUUCAAACCAGAAAACAACAUGUACCAACAGGCAUUCAGCCUGGUACCUUCCAGGUGUUUAUUAUUUGUUGUAUACACAAAAUGCACUGAAUAAAAUGUUUAUAUUAAGAUAU